GUUCGUGUCCCCGUCCCGAUCCGUGUCCCUGUCCCGGGGCGUUCCCGUUCCCUGUUCGUGUCCCCGUCCCGAUCCGUGUCCCUGUCCCGGGGCGUUCCCGUUCCGUGUUCGUGUCCCCGUCCCGAUCCGUGUCCCUGUCCCGGGGCGUUCCCGUUCCGUGUUCGUGUCCCCGUCCCGAGGCGUGUCCCUGUCCCGGGGCGUUCCCGUUGCCGUUCCCGGGGCGUGUCGCGGUGCCGUGGGCGGGCCGCGCCGAGGCCGCCAUGGCGGUGAGCCGGUCCCUGGCGCUCCGUGUCGCCUACGCGUCCUUCGGCGCCCUGAGCGGCCUCUCGGUCUUCUGCGCCUGGAGCGUCGUGCCCGCGCUGCGCCAGCCCGGCACGGCGGCGGCCGGGGGGCUCUCGGGUGUGCUGGCGCUCUGGGCCCUAAUCACGCAUGUGAUGUACCUGCAGGAUUACUGGAGGACCUGGUUAAAAGGGCUGAGGUUCUUCCUCUCCGUCGGGAUCCUCUUCUCCAUCCUCUCCGGGCUGGGCUUCUGCGCCUUCCUGGCCCUGGCCAUCACCCAGCACCAGUGUGAGUCCUGGAGGGGCUGGGAGCGCUGGGGAGGGGUUGGGCACAGAGCAGGGCUGGGGGUUCUCCUGCCACCUCCUCUUUUGGGGACAGCCUGCAGCGAUGUCACCGCAUUUCCCUGCCCUGCUGUGACAUGGAGGCCACCCCCUGCCAUCCAAAAAAACCCUGGAAUCGCCUCAUUUCCGUGA